AUGGGUAGGGUCGGAAUUGCUGUGCGACCAGGCUGUCCUGAAGAAGCUCGGCCAAAAAAUGGCCGGAAGAGGCCUCACGCGCCGGCGCGUGACGACGGAGACUCGCCGGAAACUAUUUUCCGGCGGCGCGUGAGGGCGCGUAGGAGAGGUUCUGCCGGAGAAAUUUUUGUGGUUUGGUCGCCGGAAGCUGAUCUAUCUCGUGGUGGUGUUGGUUUUUGCACAACGCCGACGUAUAUUGAUUUUUUUCUUGCGGACAGUGCUGUUUUGCCGGAAAAAAAAAAGAUUGCUAUUUGUCAGCGCCGUUGGAUAGUGGUGAGCAAUCCCAGCUUGUGUUCAAUUAUUUCAAAAUGGCUUGGGACAGAAGCAUGGAUCCGUAAUGUGGACCUCAUAGCAGGUUUACGAGAAUAUGCAGAAGAUCCAGAUCUACAUGCUGAAUGGAGGAAUAUGAAGAAGGUUAACAAAAUGAGGCUGGCUGAGUACAUUGAAACACUUACAAGCGUGAAGGUCAGCUUGGAUGCAAUGUUUGACGUGCAGAUAAAACGAAUACAUGAAUACAAAAGACAACUGCUCAACAUAUUAGGCAUCAUCCACAGAUAUGAUUGCAUUAAGAAUAUGGAUGAGAGUGACAAGCGGAGAGUUGUACCUCGUGUAUGUAUAAUUGGUGGGAAAGCUGCCCCUGGCUAUGAAGUUGCAAAGAAGAUCAUCAAACUUUGUCAUGCGGUGGCUGAUAAAGUUAACAUUGAUCCUGAUGUUGGGGAUCUCCUGAAAGUGGUUUUCAUCCCUGAUUAUAAUGUCUCUGUUGCCGAAAUAGUAAUUCCGGGAACUGAUCUUUCACAGCACCUAAGUACUGCUGGACAUGAAGCAUCUGGAACUGGAUGUAUGAAAUUUUUGAUGAACGGUUCUUUAUUAUUAGCUACUGCAGAUGGCUCAGCUGUUGAAAUUGCUGAAGAAAUAGGGGCAGCAAACAUGUUUCUUUUUGGUGCAAAGGUAGACGAGGUCCCAGUGUUGCGAGAAAAAGGAACCAGCCUCAAAGGUUCACUUCAAUUUGCACGAGUUGUAAGGAUGGUCCGGGAUGGUCACUUUGGCUUCAAAGACUACUUCAAGUCGCUAUGUGACACUGUAGAGGAGGGUAAAGACUUUUAUCUCCUGGGAUAUGAUUUUGCUAGUUAUUUAGAGGCUCAGGCGGCCGCUGAUAGAGCAUUUGUUGAUCAAGAUAAGUGGACCCAAAUGAGCAUACUUUCUACUGCCGGUUCAAGGAAAUUCAGCAGCGAUAGAACAAUAGAAGAAUAUGCAGAACAGAGUUGGGGCAUUGAACCCAGCAAAUGCCCCUUUUGAUAGCAAAACAAUGCCUUACAUGCCAGACAUUUCCUGUAGGACAAACAUGGUUUGUGCAGCAAUAGUAACCGUGUAUCCUAAUUUGACGAUACAGAAAGCAGCGACUGCAAGAAACACUUGUAAGGAAGCUCUUAUAGUUGCAGAUAAAAUGAAUGGAACAUACUACAUCCUCAAAAAGAUGACCUUUUGUUUAUCCGUAUGUCUUUCCUGAAUGCUGAUGUGAAACAUGUUACAUGGUUAUUCUGACUGAGGGGCUAGUCGAUUUUAUUUUAUAUCAACUUGUGUCAUGCAAGUAGCUCCUUAAACGAACAUGGGAUGUAAAACUUAGCAAGUCUUCCUUUUAUUUCCUGGAAUAUUUGGGUUGUAAGAGAUUCUCAAUCUUUUCAAUGCAAGUUAUUACCAGUACUUGAUAUUUUGAUUGUU